AUGGUGCCGCACCAACACAGUUGGUGCUACGAGCCGGAGGAGUCGACUCCGAUGCCAGUGAUGGCAUUUUGCGUGGUCCCCGCGGAUCAGAUGCAGAUGCCUUGCGCCCAGAACAUGGGCUUCUAUCCAGUCUUGGCAGACCCAACCACAAACUGGUGGCAGCAGCUGCCAGUGCAGCACACACCCCAGAUGACCCGAGUGAUGGCAAUGCAGCACAUGCCGGCAGCACCGAUGCAGCCGCAGCCGGUGCAGCAGAUGCCACAACCUGUGCAGCCACAACUGAAAUGUCCAGCCUCGGAAGUUCCAUUGGAUGAGAGCUGGUGCUACGCAUGCACGCCCGAGCAGUGCUGCGAAGCUCAAGGCUCCGACGCAUCCGUGGCAGAGGUUUCCACAGCCUCGUCGGAGGCAUCCCCACGGGUCGAAAAGGCUGAAGACAAAUUCCAAAGCCCUGCCCAUGCCCAGACCUCGGCCUCGGCGGCCAGGCGCCUUCGCCGAAAGCGCGCCGCAGAGCGCAAGGUCAAGGCGUGCGCUGAUUAUCUGGCUCACGACUUUGAGUCCAGAAGCUUUCGCUUGGAUGAUCUCAAUGUGGAGCAGGGCUCUGAUGUGCAGCAGUUGCUGGGCCAUGUCUGGGCGUUGUCUCAGGACAAGGAAGGCUGCCGUUUGGUGCAAAUGGCCCUGGAGAAGGCUAGUCGUGAGACGGCCACCAUCGCAUUGGAGCUGCGCGGCCACAUCCUGGAAGCCGUCAAGCAUCCCCAUGCAAAUUACGUUGUCCAGAAGGCUAUUGCGCAGCUCUCCGUGGGAAGCUCCGCCUUCAUCGUGCAGGAGAUCCAGGGUUCUGCCGCUAUUGUGGCGAAAAACCGCAUGGGCUGCCGCACCUUGUGCCGUCUUCUGGAGUUCUGCAGCACCAGCCCUCAGGUUGGCAACCUCAUGGACGAACUGAUGCCGGAAUUGUCGGACCUGUGUUGCCACUCCUUUGCACAUCACGUCAUCCAGUCGGUCCUGGAGCAUGGUGAAGAGCGGCACAGGCACUUGAUUGUCCAGACCCUGCUUGCAGAUGUUAUGAGCUUCGCCACGCACAAGAACUCCAGCUACCUGAUGGAGAAGGCUCUCUCUAGCUGCAGCGCCGUGGAUCAGGUAGCCAUAAUCCACGCCUUAAACCUCAAGCGCCUGCUUGAGUUGGCGAAGACUCAGUACGGCCGACAUGUGGCGAAGACAGUGCUGCAGGAGUGGGGCUGGUAUGCAGCCUGGGGGGCUGAGGGACUCGAACGGCUCAUCCAACCCUGGAAACCUGAGCUCGAGGAAGAUCGCUUCGGCUUGCUGUUCCUCAAGGACAUGGCCAAGUCCUGCACCCAUGGCAAAGUCUACAAGGUUGCAGAUCCAAUCAUCGGCGGCUUCAACGCGGUCAAGGUUAUAAGGAAGACCCGCAAGAACGCAGAGGAGCUGAGCGGCGUGGCGGGCGAGUGCAACACUCUGGCAUGGCUUAAGCAUCCCAACAUUGUCCAGCCACCAGGAGUUGUGAAUGCGUGCAAGAACUUCUAUGUGUUUAUGGAGUUUGCUGGCAACAUCUCACUUCACAAGCUCCUCCAGAGCAGGGACAACCAAUCCGGACUUGACUUGCCGAUGGCGCGGCAACUCUUCCAUGAGAUAGCUGAUGCCGUGGCAUAUUGCCAUGGGCAUGGCCUUGCUCAUUGUGACCUGAAACCGCAGAAUAUUGUCAUCUCGGAUGACGGAACUCCAAAGAUUGUAGAUUUCGGUUUGGCGUUGAAGCUCGGUUGGCCAGUAGGCAACCCGCGCGGCACCUGGCCUUUCACAGCGCCAGAGGCUGCAUGGCCGUGUGGGAGGCCAUGGGAUCUUGCCAAGGCGGAUGUCUUCUCCUUGGGAGCGAUUCUCGUUGAGAUGCUGUGCGGUACGGACAAGCUCUUCCGCAUGUUCGGCUGGAUGGCGCAGACGCCUUUGAAUCUGCUCCGUGUCCAAGAGAUGGUGACAUUUCUGGCCACUCCCGGAGCCUUGAUGAGCAGUUUGGCGACUGACAUCGGUCUGGCUGCGGCAAAUCCGGCCCAGAUGAUCACAGGCAUGAUGAACGUGGUUCCCAUGAAGCGAUGGAGCGCAAAAGUUGCUGCAUCGUUCAAUUGGUGA